GCAGUGAGUGUUCACACAUGUUGUAGUUCACUCCAUUGUUCACCAAAAACGUCAGCGAGGACUGCCUAAUGUAGAUAAGAGUCAGCUGAAGAUAGCCAGAAUAUCGGAUUUCUUCAACUGAGCCUGUUUCAUUCGUAAUUUGCCUGAGAAAGCGACUUCCGUUGGCCAGCUCCAUUGAAAACCAUUCAAAAAAGUUGACAGCAGUGGGGCUUUUUGGAACUACAGCGAGCUACAUGAACCACGUGAUCACGUGUCGGCGAGAUCAAAGCGUGUCGCAACUCUCUUUUUCUAUGGCUCUGCUUCUUCCGCUAUGCAGGAGUAGAAGCUGAUACAAUCAAGACGGAAGAAUGGAUGUCAUGAGUUCAGUUAGGAUGAGUAAUAUUUUUAGUGUGUUUUACACAUUUUGUGUUUUCACCAAGUUUGCAUUUGCUGUUCAAGAAAGUACCAAUGGAAAGAGUGACCAAGAGUGUCAUAACUAUGCUGGGGGACACGUAUAUCCAGGAGAAGCAUUCCGUGUUCCCGUGUCAGAUCAUUCACUGCACCUCAGCAAAGCAAAAAUUUCAAAGCCUGCUCCUCACUGGGAGGGGACUGCUGUCAUUGAUGGAGAGUUCAAGGACCUGAAACUGUCUGACUACAAAGGAAAAUAUCUUAUCUUCUUCUUCUACCCACUGGACUUCACAUUUGUCUGUCCAACUGAGAUCAUUGCAUUCAGUGAUCGUGUCCAUGAAUUCCGUGCCAUCAAUGCAGAUGUGGUCGCAUGCUCGGUUGACUCUCAGUUUACCCACCUGGCCUGGAUCAACACACCCAGGAAUCAAGGUGGACUUGGAACAAUGAAAAUCCCUCUGCUGUCAGACCUCACACAUCAGAUAGCCAAGGACUAUGGUGUCUUUUUGGAGGACCAAGGUCAUACACUCAGGGGGCUAUUCAUCAUCGAUGACAAGGGCGUUCUGAGGCAAAUCACCAUGAAUGACCUCCCUGUGGGGCGGUCUGUAGAUGAGACGCUGCGGCUAGUUCAAGCCUUCCAGUACACUGACAAACAUGGAGAAGUGUGCCCAGCAGGAUGGAAACCAGGCAGUGACACGAUAAUCCCAGACCCUUCGGGCAAGCUGAAGUAUUUUGAUAAACUGAAUUGAAUGACCCAGUUGUCAAGUUUUCAAAAGCAACUGCCUGUUUAACACUUUGGUUGAAGUUCAAAAUAAAAUAGUUUUGAUAUUCUGGUGUAUCUUUUUGUGAUUUAUUUUUUACUUAAAUUGGUCCAACAAGACCAAGUUAUUUCACACAUAAACACACACUGGGGAAAUUAUUCUGAAGAGCUUUAGCCUAUGGUAAGAAAGAAACUUAAAUAUGUUGGAUCAGCAGUUUGCACUCCUUUAAAGAAUGAACAUUUGAACUUGGCUGCAAUAAAACUUUUCAACCUGCUUGUGAGGAAACUUGUUCUAGUUAAUAAUUCACUUUUGUUUUAAUAUACAUGUUUUCUUUUUGUAAAAUCUAAACAAUGUGUAUAAUGUUUUUAAACUGUGGCAUAUACAUUUGGGCUAGAAUUUAGCAGUGCCGGUGAGAGGCGGCUCUGAGAUUUACCACCACAAAAAGUCAUGAGAAAAAAAUACGGAAGAAGGCCGGGUGCCUUUUCUAUGUGGCGUCCCCUCGUGUCGACCACAAAUAACUACAAAUUUAAAGGACCUGAUGACGUCAUUGUUUCCUGGUCGUCAGGCGUGAUUGCGACAUUUUGUUCAACUGCGAGUGCUAUAUAGGUCUAUGGUCCUUUUCCGGAAUUUGGUCACUGCGCUGCGAGCGACUAGAUGCGAAUGUAAUUCCGCGUGAGCUGAAAAAAAAACUUUUCUGUGGGGUGAAAACUCCUUUGAAGCGAAUGAAGAAACAGAUUUUGCUUCUAUUUACAUUCAGAGGACUUGUGAGAAAAGGAAAAAAGAGUAAAAAAAGAAAAUGGCCAAUUUCAUAUUACGGAAAGCUGAACCCAAGGACGUCUCAAACAUAUUGCGACUCAUAAAGGAACUUGCUAAAUUUGAAGAAAUGGAAGAACAAGUCAUAUUGACCGAGAAAGAACUACUUGAGGACGGCUUUGGCGAUCAUCCAUUCUACCACUGCAUAGUCGCAGAAGUCCCCGAAGAAAAGCAGAGCUCUGAUGGAUAUACUGUGAUUGGGUUUGCCAUGUACUAAUUUACUUAUGACCCGUGGAUUGGGAAGCUGCUCUACCUAGAGGACUUUUAUGUAAUGGAGGAGUUCAGGGGUUAUGGCAUCGGUUCCAAAAUAAUCAAGGCUCUAAGUGAGACGGCAGUUAAAACCCGCUGCAGCAGCAUGCACUUCAUAGUGGCAGAAUGGAACAAGCCAUCUAUCGAGUUCUACAAGCGUCGUGGAGCCUCCGACCUCUCUCUUGAGGAGGGCUGGCGGCUGUUUGCUAUUGAAAAGGAAGACCUGCUAAAGAUCAAUGCCAAGUAGAGCUGUUAACUUAUCACUCGUAAUUGAUUCCAGUGGAAGUUGUCCCCUCGUUUGUUUGAUUCUACGGACACGCACCAAUAUUUUAAAACAAUAAACAGGGUUUUGUCCAA